AUGACUACUUCAGAGAUUACCCAGAAUGAUGAGAAUGAGCCUCUUCAAUCCACCGCAGCUCAGCUUCUGGCGCUUAUAGAGUCCACGAUCGAGCUUGGUGUCCUUGUUCAUGAUAAUCAAGGAACCCAGCAAUCCCAUGCUGCCUUGACACACAGAACCAACCAAAUCAUCAGUCAGCUUUCGGGCUUGACGAAUAGUCCAUUCACUCAGCAGUUCCCUAUUCCGGUUGAUGUCAUUACUUAUAUCGAAGACGGGCGUAAUCCAGACAUCUAUACCAGAGAGUUUGUUGAGGUCACAGCGAAAACCAACGCCAGACUUAAAGGAAAGAUGCUUGGGUUUGAAAAGCUUUGUCAAGUUUUGGGUGACAAAUUAGUUGAAGAAUUUCCAAGGCUCGAGGAAGGCGUUAAAGAUAUUAGAAAACGUACCUCGCUUGAACCCGAAAGUGAAAGCUAA